AUGGUGCAUUUUACUACCGACGAGAAGGCUGCUGUUGCUAGCCUGUGGGCCAAGGUGAAUGUGGAGGUGGUCGGCGGUGAGAGCCUGGCAAGGCUCCUGAUUGUCUACCCAUGGACCCAGAGGUUCUUUGAGAGUUUUGGUAACUUAUACUCUGAGUCUGCCAUAAUGGGCAACCCCAAGGUCAAGGCCCACGGCAGGAAGGUGCUGAACUCCUUUGGAAAUGCCAUUAAGCACAUGGAUGACGUCAAGGGCACCUUUGCAGAUCUAAGUGAGCUGCACUGUGACAAGUUGCACGUGGAUCCCGAGAACUUCCGGCUCCUAGGCAACAUGAUAUUGAUUGUCUUGGCAACCCACUUCAGCAAGGAAUUUACCCCGCAGAUGCAGGCUGCCUGGCAGAAGCUGACAAACGCUGUGUCUAAUGCUUUGGCCCACAAGUACCACUAG